ACGAAACUGGCGUGACACCGAGUGACCGAGUCGUGUGAGAGAAAUGCCUCUUGCGAAAUAAAUGGCGUUGUUCUGAAUCGUAGGGCGUCAUUUUCGCGCAGCUCGAUUGGGAAAAUGUGUUGGCGCGGCGUAGUCACGUGGAACGCGCGUAACCGCGCCACAUAACGUAAACCGUAUGCUUGGUGAACACUCCGAGAGGCUGCUGGAACCGGGAGAUGCCAUGGAAAGACUCGACAAGGAGCCGAGUGCAGGGAGCGAGCUGGCCACCAGCGGAGGAGCAGGCGUGUCCGCGGUGGUGGCGGCAGGGGGCGCGGGGCCCCCCCAGCCGCCUCCGCCGCUGGCCCUCAAGGAUGUGCAGUGUCCCAUCUGCCUCAAGGUGUUCAGCCGCAAGUUCUCCCUCGAGAUGCACUUCCUCAUCCACCAGGGACUCAAGCCCUACAAGUGCCAGUUCUGCGGGCGCUGCUUCCGCCAGAAGGGCACUCUCAUGCGCCACAAGGCCAUCCACAGUCAGACACCGUCGUACCGCUGCGGCCUGUGUGACAAGAGCUACCGCCAGAAGAAUGUGUUCCUGCACCACCUCCGCAACCGGCACAAGGUGUCCACGGACGUGCUCGACCGGCGGCGCUGCCACAUCAAGAACAACGCCGGCGGCGGAGUCAUGGAGGCUGUCCCCGCAGCGCCGCUGCCGCCGCCCUCGUUGAGCUCGGUGUGCCUGCCCCCACUGAGUCCACCCGAGCCUCCGCCGGGAGAGGCCGCGCCGCCUGUGAUGUUGCGCAUCUCGGAGCGCCAGCAGGCCCUUCCGCCGUCCUCUGCCGUGUCGUCCAUGUGGCAAUGUCCCUUCUGUGCCUUCGAGAGCGCCCAUGAUCCUGAGGUCUGCCGCUCGCACCUGCUCCAGCACGUGGGAGAGCCGGCGGACUGCCCGCUGUGUCCGCGGCAGCUCGCCUCGCCCCAGGAGCUGGCGGCGCACCUGCGCGACUUCCACGAGAGCGCGGGAUUGGCUCCUAUUCUGACCAACCCGGCUGUCGCCACAGCAGGCCGUCCUCCAGAUGUGACCUUCACCUGCAUUCCGUGCCAGAUGGAGUUCAGCAAUGAAGAGGACUUUGAGUGGCACGUGCGCACGCACGUGCAGAGCGUUCUUUCCGAGCCACCCGUCGCAGCACCGAGGGCCGCGCUGCCGCCUACCACCUCCACGAGCGAGGGACCCCUCGAUUUGACCGAGGCCCGACCAGCAGCAGCACCGCCUCCUUCCACACCGCUGCCCAUCAAGUCGGAGGCCGAGACUUCCCGUGGCUUGUCGUCCCCGCCACGGUUGCCACACAAGCUGCAGCUGUUGCAGCAACCGCAGCAUUCACAGCUGCCACCGCAGCAACAGCGCCGUCAGCUCCUCUGCGUCGAGUGUGGGAAGCUGUUCGGUUCCAAGGCACUGUACCGGUACCAUGCGCAGCUGCACCUGGAUGUUCAGGGGGUGACAUUCAGGUGCCCGCAGUGCCGGCGGCGGUUCUCCCGCAAGGGCGAACUGCUGGCGCACACGCGACAGCGCCACCUGCGGCGUCUGCCGUGCCCCCGGUGCGGCCGCCAGUUCAGUUACCGGUGCUUGCAGCGGGCGCACGCAGCCCGGUGCCAGGGUCCGCCGCCACUCUGUCUGCCCGUCGUCGACGUGCAGGCCGCACGCGGAGCCCUUGGUGCCAGCCUUCUCGGGGUCAUCCCUCUAGUUGCGCCCGAUGGGCAGGAGGCCAGCCCGCUGCUGGGAGUUCCCGUGCUCGCGCCGGACUGCCUGCCGCUCAAGAGCCGGCUCAACGGGCUGCACAUCUCGGCACGCAUCGGGCUCUAGUCUUCCGCCAGCUCCCCCCCACUGCUGGAGUACAAAAAAAAAAAAAGGGCCUCCACCAGGGAGAAAGAACAGACUGAAACGGGGUGACACGAAACUCCUCUUUGCGGGUGUACACGCGUGCAGGCAACCAGAUAACGUCACAAAAAAAAAUGUGGAAGGCAUGGGGCAGAAGAACAUGGACUGAUGGCAUCUGAGGAUGUCGCAGAACUAAAACUGUGUGUAUCACGACUAGGUCACUAUGCGCUGGCGCCACCUGGUGGUACAGACAUGCAUCCGUCACUCAGAACGUCACUGCACAUAGUGUGAACAGAAGGCACAGCAGAAAGGGGAAGCGUAUGUUGGUGGCAUUGGACUCAAGCUGCCGGCCUUUCUGACAUAACUCACCACCCCCGUCACACCACCAGGUGGCGCCACCGUGUGACAGGCAUUGAGAGCAUUUGCAGCGGUUAUCUGGUCAUGCUUGAAAGUGGGAGUUUCUUAUAACCUCGGUCUGUUCUUGCUUCGUGGUCUCCGCCAAAGACUCCCGAUGGGGGCCCCGUGCCAAAGGCGUCUUCCAUCUGCCCCCACCACAGCGCCCGUCCAGAGAAAUGAGAGAGCAAUAACCGCGGUGCGCUCGGGAAUGCCACUCAUUCCGGUGAAAGAGAGUUUGCUGGUUCCCUCCCCCGCUCUACCUCAUUGUCUUGUCGCUAUAGGCUGCUGCGACGCGGAAGAGACGGAACGCAGCAGGCUACGUGAAAGCAGGGUCGGGAACCUCUCGUACGGAUCAGCUUGCCGGGUCUUUCCAUCAUCGCCUGCUCGUAAUGGUACCGCUUUCAAGGGCAGUGUGGGGCACUGUUAUACCAGACUGUAAAAGAUAGUGGAAGUAAUGUAAUGCACGAGCUGCGACCAAACAAUGGCCGAAUAAGACCAGCAGGUGCUUGCAAGUCUUACACACACAAGAAACAGUUAGCGCACUUAGGGGAGUAGUUUUGUGCCUCGGCAAUCAUUGAUCUGGCUUGCUUGCAUUUCCUAUUCCCAGAAAGUCUAGGUGCUCGCCACUUCCUUAUGAAGAAUUCUACAUUACAUUGAUAGCGUGCACGUAGUUCAUGGCCAGGAAGUAUUGAGCGUACAGCAGCAAUACAAGAAAACAGAUGUGAGAUAAUUGGCGAAUAUUGUUCCAGGACAGAGAGACAUUUUUUCUCUUUAGAGUGUAGCUGUAUGACUGGCUCCUUCGCACUGAAUUUUCAUACACAGGUUACAUGGAACAGUGGGUUCAGUUCAGCAUCACAUUUAUAUAAAAAUGUAGGUAUCUUCCAUGAUCAAUCUAGACUACGCACAGUGUUCAUUGAACUUCAGCAAGACAAAGGUGCCGUCUGAUACUUCUGCCACUAAUGUUGGCAAUUGCACAUCAAUUAGCCCAACGUUGCUAAACUUUAAGUUAAUCACUGGAAGACCAUACUACUGUCAUGGCACAGGAUAUGGAGCAUGAAGUGAACAACAUCUAAUGAGCCAUUAUAAUUAUAACAUUAUCUUGAGUUCAUUCGUCAUCAUCGUUAUCAGCUUAUUUAUGUCCACCGCAUUUUACAAGUUUCCUUCUCAAGACAAGUUCAUUCGUACCUAGGUGUGAAAGGAACAGUCUCAUGAGAAGAGUAGGUUGAACGCCAUUGCCAAUCGUUUGGUAUCUCGUGGACGCAUCGUUGUUUCCUGGAAUCGUAGCUGUGCUCUGUUAUAGUCAAAGAAUGACUUCAAGCUCCACCCACAAGUAUUGCUGUCCCACGCAAAACGAAUUUGCAUGGAUGCUCCAACCAAUGACAUUCGCUCAUUUUUAUGACUUUGUGCACCCACGCAUGUUCAAGACAGUUGAAUCUUUCCACGCAGAGACGCGUUCAUGUUGCUGCAUUUAGAUGCAGAACAUGAACGUCCCAACAAACGUUAUCAGAGAUUCUGACAUCAGUACUUAGAGCCAAAGACAUCUUAGUCAGAAAAGACGAACUUUCAUUUUCCGGUAUGCUUAGUGUUUACAUUAGCAGAGAGAAAGCACUUGGACUUUGAACAAAAACCAACUGGUACAACCCUCACACAAAUGACGAACAAGCACACCCUGAUUUUCUGGUGGGAGAUUUAUUCUUGGGCUGUGAUCGACCGUAGUGUAGUUCAGUUGGACUUUGUAGCCAAGUUGUUUCAUGUCUUUUGCAGUAAAGUGUGAAGGAGGCAAACAGCCAUACCUACCGAGAAAUAUCUAACGAAGAGUUACUGGAAAACAAUUGCCAUUUAACUCUCAUCUCACUAUAUUAUAUGUAAUCAUUUGCUUCAAGAUAAACCUAACAUAAAAAAGAAGAUCAACACAAGAAUUGUGAACUACGCAAGUUAGAACAGUGUUCUCGAAGUUAGAGUGAAACAUGAAACCUUAGGCUGAAAAACAAUAAUCGGGAGCGUCCUACUUCGUAUGUGAGUGCUUUCAGAUCGUAACGCCGCGAACGCGUGCAACUCUGCAGGCCAAGCUCACAUGCCUCGCCAGUCUCUCUCGUUCACGCGCUGCCAGGAACGCUCACGUUCCGCGACGAGAUCGCGUGUGGAAAGUGCGACUAGCAAUCGCACAAUGCCCCCCACUGCCCACACCAACUUGCACCGAACCCGAGUGGCGUCCCAGCGCGCCGCGGACGACGAUUUUUCUUUCGCGACUGCUUUCUUAAGUUGCACGAACUGGAGAAUCUCCUCAGAGAACAAAUUAUAUAGUUUCUUUUUGUUUAUUUGUUUGUCUUCUUUUGCUGCUUGUGUGCCUAUGCUCGCGUGGCAUGUCAAAAGGAAGAUAAAGAAAAAUUUUUUGGAGGGGCAUUAUUUAUUGCGCACACUCCUCAAGUGUCUUUAUGUCGCACAGGCUUGAACAUCCUGUGGACAAAAAAUAUAUAUAUAUAUAUGUAUAUGUAUUUAAAGGGGGAAAAAAAAAGAAGCCAUCCCAUCUUCCCCUCAUUGGAUUGGCAACAUUUGCUUUUCCCAUUUGGCCUACCAGGGAGGUCACAUACAUCAUCGCCAGGCCCGAAAAAUAAGUGCUCAUAUCACUUUUCACGCUGUUGGUUUUUAUUUUGUUGUUGAAACAGUGCCGCCGCCCGCUGCACUUUAAGUGCUGUCCAGUUAUGGGCCUGCACCAUGGGGGGAGCACUUGCACAAACCGGGCCAGUGUGUGGUAAUGGACUUGUCUUUGACUAUUCCGGUUAACAAAGUUUUCGUGGCGCAACGAAACAGACUCGGCCCUACCGGGGCUCGUUUGGUUAUGCAUACUUGUUUUGUUUGGCUUGUGUUUUCUUUGUCCUUUUUUUUUUCUUACUGUAAGCACAGGCCAAGUAUAACAAGCUGUUUUUUGGUCGCAAUGAGCUUUUUUUGGACAUCUUUGCACAGCGUUAUGUCACUUUACAUUGUGCUGCGCAUCGCGCUGUUGACGCGGUUUGGCAGUGCGCGAACGGUGCUGGCUGGGAUGGGGACCCACACCCCCCCCAGCCGUGGUCGCUUGUUGCAAGCAGUUUGGGCUGUACAGAGCGUGACUUUGUCGUCUGCGAGGUUGUGUGUUGUCGCCGGUACUUGCUUGGGUGUUUUGGCUCUGAUCGUUGUGAGGGAGUGUUUUCAGCGAAAGCGCCUGAAUAGGAGUUACAACCCGAACGUGACUUGUGUGAGACUGCAGUUUGCAGGCAUUGUAGAUGUUGUCUUUUGAAAGGGGGGCGGCGUAGGCUGAACCCAGUUCGUGAAGCCUUUCAUUUGCAAGAACCGUUGCUCAUUGACUGGUGCCUUCAAUGGCGCAGAAUUGAUUGCGGCGAUUGGCUAGGUCUCAGAAGUAUUCACUAACUGCUGUUCGUGAAGCUCUCGACUCAUAUUAGAGGUGUUCUUCGUCGACUGACACCUCCGCAGGUUCAGAAUUCACCCCAACGAUUGGUCCAUUCUCUGCGUUGUGAGCUGUUCUUACCAGUCAUUGUUGACUGCGAAAGGCCUUCACGAAUCUGGGCUGCCCUGCGUCGCCGAUGAAGAAGGCAGAUUGACGUGGCACAAUGUAUAAGCUUGCAUUAACAUGCUUUUAUAAUUGCUUGCAAAUUAACCGAUCAAGUGAUUCUGUGAUGCACACGCGACGAGUUGUUAUUGGCCCAAUAUUUAGUAUAGUUCCUGCAGAGGCCUCCUUGAUUAAGGGGAGGCAAUUUGGAAGCACUGAUGCAGAAAAGCUGCAAAAAUGUGUGAUGUUUUUUUUCUUCAGUUUUUUUUUUCAGAGCUCAGGUAUCUUGAAAGGCUUGGUGCCUACCAUUCCACCCCUUUUUUUUUUCUUAUUUUUUUCCCUUAUACGUCAGCUUGAUUUGGCAAGGGUCAAAAGACGUUUUUUUUUUUAGAGUGUGCAGGUUGCCUGCACGUUAUGUGCAUCACAUCGUCACCGCUUCAGAGAGCUGCCUGCCCGUCCUAUAAAAGGGGUCAGGCAGCUCAUUGUGGGCAGAGACAUCACGAUUUUACCGUGCUCCAUUUUUCUGAAGUAUUACCCACGCAAUCAUUAACUAAAGGGUGGUUCAAUUUAACCCUGUAACACGGUCAUUCUGAGAAGUGGUCUUGAGUUCACAAAAUGUCUAGCAUAACGUAACGGUAGCAGACCGUAAAGUGUCACUGGAUGAAGCACAUAGCCGACAACGCGCACAUAAUGUAUAAUAGUUAAUUCACAGAACUCUCAGUAGUGCGCUUGCAUGUUUACUGUCUGUCAUAUGCACAGACAUUUAAUAGCUGAAGUAAAGUGGUAUACUGGGCGAACUAGUAUAGAUUCAUGGCGAGGCUUUAGCGCAUGGUAAACUGGACACAGAAAAGAAGACACUGGACAGGUGCUGUCCCAUGUCUUCUUCCCUGUGUCCAGUCUUCCAUGUGCUAAGCCUCGCCAUGACAUCUUAUUGUAUGAACGCAAUAUGUGCUCAUGUCCAUGUGAACACACUUAUCUACGCAUGAGUAAACGUGUGUGCUGAUGUGUACAUGUUUGAGCAUGUGCGCGUCCACACAUGCAUGCUUGUGUACGUGUACAUGUGUACAUUUGUCGCACAUAUGUGCAGAUACGUCUACAAUGUGUGUAAAAUGUGUGCACUGUCGGUGGCACAAGCUUAUUGGGUACAGUGUGCAAGGAAGCCCAAUCUCUGCAGAGUUCAAGAAUACAGCUAUUACUGGCGUGAAACACUUGCGGUGGUCACAAAUGAACUGCUGCAGACUGCAACAUGGAAAUCUCACCCAUAUUUUCAGGCUUCACAAGUACUUGUUUCCUUUGUGAAGCCUGCUCUUCAUAAACUUUUGCUGACAACAGCGCGAAAUCCUCGAGACUGGAGGAAGGGGCAAAGUGAGACGUCGCCACUUUUGUGUUGGUGUAUAACUUGCCGCAGAGCGAGCAUCAACGUCAUUGUCGAAAGAAGCAGAAUGAUCGCAAGGAGCGCUUGUCAUCAAUUACGGAACCCAAAACCACUUGGCAGAAGCAUCGUGACAAAAAUUAACUCGCCCCAAAUCCUGGUUAAGAAUCUGGUAUCAUAACCAACCUUUGCUGGUCCUUCUUUGCAUUAUUCCCAGCAAAAUAGUAUAGGAGUUGAAAUCCUGAUGUCUCUGCCCCAUCAAGUGUGCUUUGCAAGGUACAAACAAAAGGGGGCCUCAACACGUUUUGUAGGCUAAGAGAAUGCCUUCCGAUGUCGGGGCGGCACGUGGGCCGUCUUUUUUUCAUUUUCACACCCGACAUGCAAAGGGCAGUUAGCUGAAGGGUAGUAGCACAAGCCCAGACAAGGCAAGCGAGUCACUUAUACCCUGGAAUUCAGAGCAUUAGUUUUUAUUUCUCAUCAUCACUAAGCAACCAAACUUGCAAACUUGAUGAUAAUGCAACCAAACUUGCAUUAUCAUCACCAUGAACUGCAUGUCAUCAUGCCACUCUGUAUGGUAUUGUGUUUCGUGAAAAAUACAAUGAUGUCGUUCUCGUUCUUCUCUAUUAUUUUAGUGUCUGAGACAUCUGUAUGCGUGACUGACUUCAUUUUUAUCAUUCAGCUUUUAGUUAAUGCAACACCCAGAAUAAUGGCUUAUUGCAGUGAGUGAGUGGAACCUAUCAACAGUGCUGCAUUUCGCAUUACACCAGAUGUACUGGGGGAGUGGGUUGGUUGGUUUACAUGGUUUAACAUCCCAAAACAACCUAAGCUAUGAGACGCCGCAGUGGGGGGCUCCGGAUAAUUUCGACCAGCUGGGGUUCUUUAACAUGCACCAACGUCGCACAGUACGUGGGCCUCUAGCAUUUCUUCUCCACUGAAAUGUAACAGCCGCGGCUGGGAUUUAAUCCACGGCUUUCAGGUCAGCAGCAGAUGCAUCGUAACCACCGAGCCACUGAGGCGGCUCACUUAACAAUCAGGCAGACCUUUAUUCAAAGAAGGCUGACUCUGCAUUGAAAUUGAGGAAAACGAGUAGGAGGUAUUGGCUAGUCAAGAUGCGCUGGAAAUCAGUGUUUGCAAAUGUUGAAAUUCUAGAUGGCAGCUCUUGCUUUUCUCAUUUGAAUGGUAGAUCUAGAGAAAGCUUCUUUUUUUUUUUUGCUCUCCACGGAGAGCUUGUUUUCCACUUGCCGAUUUAGAGUUUGUUUGUGAGGUCCACUCUAUUGGUCGUUUCAGGUUAAUUCAUUCCUCCUUCUUUUGAUACACCCCGAAGAAUUGUAUUUUAACCAGAAGUUAGAAGUGUGGGGUGAGAGGCGGAGCUCAUCACGAUUUAGCACUUGCUGACAUGUUGAGGUACGAGGUACCUUCGUUUUAUUCGCGAAGUGGCUGCGUUUGCUGCCACUUAAACCUAAAUCUUUGCUUAGCUUUUUGUUUACGAUUCAGGUAGCGACUCUUGACGGUGGUUGGAGUUAACCACUUGACCUUCUUUUCUCAUAAAUCUUUGUAAACUUUAGUGAUUAAACUGCAAUCUGGUGUUGUCUCUUGCUGUGCCUCCGUUAGCUUGGUAAAGCUGAGAAAAUUUAGCAGUACAUUAGAUUUCUGCAUUUAUUUGCAGAGAGGGAGACCAUUAAUGUGAAUGGUUGGAAUAUUUAAAUCAGCUUGCAGGACCUUGCAAGGAGCCUGUGCUGCUGUGUAGAUGAUGUGUGCUGGUUCAGGAUUGCAUUCUUUACAUGCCCAGCAGUCUGAGGCAAGAAUUUGCAGUUUAAUGAGGCUGCGAUAACACAGCGUUGUCUAGUAGAUUUUCUUUUCAUAUACCUGCUUUAGGCAUUGCAUAUCCCUUAGGCAUAAAUGUGAAAACGGCUGGCCAAAGAAUUACACUGAAAGAAAAGUUAUACUUUAUCACUUGCGCUUAGCUGCUUGGCACACUUAGCAUGUGUCGAAUGUUUUUAUUCAAAUGUUUUUAUUAGCAGAGCGAUGCAACAUCCGCCGUACCUUUGGCAUAAGCUUUUGCCCAGUUUUCUAUGGACCAGGUUCGCUCAGCUUAUAUUGAUCUGUGCCUCUGUUAGAUACGACAGAAUGACCACAGAAUUAAAGAUGUCUAAUUUUAUCGCUUCAGUGCACUUAUAUUGCUAAGCAUCAUGUGCGACAUGACGGAAAACAAGCGACGUGCUCUUGGAGGAAAUGCUGAAAAAAAACGUUCCUCGUUUCCAUUCCAAGACUUAGUCGGCCACACUAUGCUUUACACCUUGUACCUGCAGUUGUUUAUGGAUAUUUUAUCGAAUCAUAGUUACAGAUUUCUUAUAUUUGGAGCAUUUUAUAGUGAGGUUUAUUAGUUGAUAGAUUAUUUAAGCAAAGCCCGUCACAAAUCGCUGUUUGUCUGUGCUUCUUGCUUUAGUGCCAGAAGGUUUACAGUUGUAUUCGGCACGACUUGAAGGGCACAGCCGAUCCGUACCACGAACAAAAUUGCUCUGAAAUAGAAGUGGGUUCGGCAAAUGACAGUCGCAGUCAGUGAAACUGCAGCCGGUCGGGACUCGCUGCCUUGUCUGGAUACGAGUGCGCUCUUCAUCGUCAACCAAGGGUAGGGGUUUUAUUCCGUGCCCUAAAACACCAUCUGCGCUUUCUAGUCUAACAAGAGUGUUCAGCCACAAAGGAGGCAUCGCACACAGACACACACAACAUUGCAUGUGCACGCACCCACACAUGCUACACAUACACACACACACACAUGCAUGAACCAAAACUGACCAAGUACCUGAGAGAUUGGCGCCCGGGCAGUGUCCGGUCAAGCGUUCCGGUGAAACGAAGCCUGUUGUCUUGUUGUCUGUUUUCAUAUGUCCUGCUGCUACUCGCUGUUGUGAAGGGGAGGCAAUCUUAUCGUGCGAGUUGGGGGGGUGGGGGUGUGCGGAGUUUACAAGUGUGUCAUGUUUGGUGGGGCCGAAGAGCCAAAAUCAUGCCUUGUUCUGUAAUACUCCUCUUCUGAUGAAGCUGUUUGUUCACUCGAUGUGUCUGGUGGUGUUAGGAGAGAUGUUCUCAGGGUCAUAACAAUUUGCUUGUUUCUCGCGCACCCACGCGGUCGUGCGAAGCAGAGGCAUUUUUUUUAACUUGUCACGUAUGACGACGACGACGACGAUGCCCACUUUGUUGUACAUAGGAGGAUUGGUAUAUAUUUAUUGUUGCCACACACGUAUACUGUGUUUUUAUCUUCUAUCCUUCUGUCUUUUCUUUCCUCUUAAUGUUUCACAUUCUUUCAUAAACACACACAUGAUAGCUUUGCUUUGUUUAAGGACGUUUUCUUCACUCGAACAACUCAUUCCUAAGAAUACUUUUUUUUGUUGCUCGUGCUUUUUACAUUUCCUCCACCCUCCCCUCCCCUCAUGAAAAAAAAAAAGAAAUAGUUAUUUUUUACCAUACUCGUGUUUUUGCAUACUUGUUUCGUAAGGAAAAAAAAAUAUGAGAUAUAUUGUAUACUUGAAGUUAUAUAUAUAUAUUAUAUACAUGCUAUUAUACACACACGUUUUACCACAAUCGUGUUUGAUACCAUGGUAUAGAUUUACAUGAAAAUGAUGUGCAUUUUUGGAGUGUGUGUGUAUGUACACAUAUAUUUUUUGUAUGGCAACAUCAGUCCACAGCUGUGUGGGAAAGCUUUUUAACAAGUGUUGUACAAGGAGGCAUGUGGCGAAGCGCCGAGAGAACAAAUAACAGGAAUAAAGCAUUCGCUCAACAGCAUCAUUAUC